AUGGCUGCAUGUAGGAUUCAGCAAAGAUGGCGCCGUGUCGCACAUGGUAGGGUUGGUGCUGGUGAGGGUGAAAUUUCUGAUCAGCACGAACCAUUGACGACGAUGCGGCUGCAGAGCCAAAGGGGGUCGUUUGGGAUAUUUCGAGAGGUGAAUGAGAUACGAGAGAGUUCAGUUUUUUCAAAAGAUUUAGCAGAACUGAAGAUUGUGAUGGCGCUGAAAAUUCAGUGCUGGUGGCGAGCUUUAGUCAGAGCGAAGGGGGUUGGAACCCUCCAGCAAGCAGGUCACGAGACAGAAAAUGAGGUGGAGAAUGCACUGAUAACUCAGACGCAUACUAGUACUGGACGGAAUGACGUUGCACUACGGCGAUCAGGGACAAAUUCUUGCGAAGAGGAAUCUGGUCUAGAGAAUGAGCAACUUGACCGGCAGCCUACGUUAACGGAGCUUCAGCUUCUAAGUCAAACAGGACGCUUUUCAUACUUAUCGGACGACAGUGAUGGUAACUCUGAGUUUGAAGACGCACCAAGUUUCGUUGGUGAAGCCCCGUUUGCUCCAUCUUUGACGGAAUCUCAGAGUUCUUUGGAUAAUGAACCAUUUUCGUCACCUCGCGCUUCCCAUGGAGAUUUUGGUCCGCGUAUUUCUUCAAGUUCGGCGAACAUGACAUUUGAGUUUUCAAUUUCUGAAUACCACUCGACGUUCAAUGAUGACAAAAGUGAUGCGAGUAGUGACAUUUUUGUCGACGCAAUGGAGGAGCAUAAGCCGAUUGAGCAUAAUUUUCACAACGUGGAUGCCGACAAGAAUCGUCACUGGACGGAGGAAUGCAACAGUUUAGUAUCUGACCUUGCCCCUUCCACGGAUACAUCUGUGUCUGCAUCUGGCGCUCCUCCACCUUCACCUAUCAAAGAAGAGGUUUUCGAGGAGGCCGACAAUGGGCGCCCAAGUCUAAGUAGCAGUAUAUCUGAUUUUGAUCGACUAUCGUCUGUCCGCUCUGAGUCUUUCCUUCAAGAGCUAUCGCUUGACUCGGACACUCCUCGUGGUAGUUUGGCAUCAAGCUCGCUAAGUGGUGUAUCUAAACCGCAUGGUGAAUCACUUGCUGAUCCGUUCCGCUCUCGUGACGACUCGUACGCUGACUCGACUCGAUUUCGUGGUGAUUCCUAUGCUGACUCGACUCGGUCUCGUAACGAUUCUUAUGCUGAUGUUUUCCGGUCUCGUGACAACUCGUACGAUGAUGGGUUCCAGUCACAUCGAGACUCGUACGCUGAUACCCCCUGCAAGUCUGACUACGAUGACGAGAAUCUUAGCGAUGUCGAAAAAAAUUGCGAAGGCUUGAAGAACUGCGAUUCUGAUAGUGACUACGCAAGCUCGUUUAUCAGUGAUACUUCAGCGUUGGGUCAAAAUACGAGCGAAAUCGAAAAGGACGAGGUGCAGGAUGAGGACCAGGCUACACGCAAUAAGAGUAGCAGCCGCUGGCGUGCUGCAAGCGUGCUUAGCGCACUAUCAAGUCGUCAAUCGAGCAAACCGACAAGCUCACCUACGUCAUCCCUCGAAGAUGAGGAGAAAGAUGAGACGAAAACACGUUCGACCACUUCACAUGCGGUUUCUAGCUUGAGCUCCGUUGCUGGUAUGCUCACCCGAAAGCUUUCCGUCUCGACGAAUAAUUCUGGUAUCACGAGGUCUUUUGAAGCUGAGAUUGAAGACUCGGUCGUGUAUUCACCGCAGGCACAGCAACGGGCUCCCAAGAGUAAGUCUCGUUUUGGCCGCUUUACUGCUCCAACUGUAUCCAAGCCAGCCUUUCCAACACGUUUUGGAUGGAAGAGCAUAUCUCGUCGCGGCGCGAACGGAGACGAUAGAGAACCAGGAGACUUAUAG